AUGGGCAGCGCGUGCGUGGCUACGAACCCAUCUGCGCCCCCGGACGCGGUGGCGGUCCAGGAGUCCGAUCCGCUGACGCCGAGGUUCCCGGACAGCAGGUCCGCCAGCGGGGACUUCGAAGGCAAGGCGCUGCCUGGCAUGAUGGCGCGGCGCAGGGCCUUCGACCUGAGCCUGGCCCUCGGCGCCGCGGCCGCCGACGCCGCCCCCGGCCGGGCGGGCGCCCCGCCCGGCCGGGGGGCGGCGGGCCUCCGCCUGGCGUCGGGCGCCUGCAGCGUGCCGCACCCCGGCAAGGCCAGCCAGGGGGCCGACAGCUAUUUCGUCGCGCCCUCCGGGACAGGCGUGGGCGUGGCGGACGGCGUGGGCGAGUGGGAGUGGCGCUUCGGCUGCGACCCGCGGGCCUUUGCGGACGAGCUCAUGGCGGGCUGCCUCGCCGCCGUCGAGCUGCGCCCGCCUGAGGGCGAGGCCGGGCGCGACCCAGGCUUCAGCGCAUACCUGGCGAUGCGGAGCGGAUUCGGCCAGGCCAGAUCUUUCGGCUCCUCCACGGCGCUCGUCGCAGCCCUGCACAGCGACGUUGGGGUCCUCGGGGUGGCCAGCCUGGGGGACUCCACGCUCAUGCAGCUCCGGCGAGGUGGCGAUGGCCUCGACACCAGGUUCCGUGUCGUGGCCCGCACGCUGGAGCAGCAGCACUCUUUCAAUUGCCCCUUCCAGCUGUGUCGCAUGCCCAGGGAGGAGGAUAUCCCUCGGCUGCUGGCGGAGGGCAAGCAGAAGCUCGCCCGGGCCGUAAUGCGCCGCCCGCAGGUCAAGGAGGACCUCCCGGAGGACGCCCGGCGCUACAGCCUGCCCGUGGAGGAGGGCGACCUCCUGGUGGUGGGCACGGACGGCGUCUUCGACAACCUGCACGACCACGAGAUCUGCGACCUCCUCGCCAGCCUGUGCCCCGAGGCGGGGCGCGCCUCGCCAGAGAGGCUCGCGGAGGCAAUCGUGAGCGCCGCCUGCGAGAGGUCGAGGAGGCGGGAUGGGAGCUCCCCUUUCAGCGUCCACGCGAGGAAUUCGGGCUAUGCGCACGCCGGCGGAAAAAUGGAUGACGUCACGUGCGUCUGCGCAUGGCUGGUGCACUGA